AUGAAGUCCACAUCCCUCCCCCUCGCCGCCACCCUCGUAGCCGGCGCCGCCUCCGCCUUCCAAGUAGGCAAACCCCCCGUGCCCCAAGCAAAGACCACAAUGGCAGACAACUUUCCCUGGCGCGACCCCUUCACCUCCAAGACGGCAGACACCUACACCCCGACCUGCUCCUCCUCAAACACCUUUUCAGCGACGCAGUACACCCUGCACGACCUCUUUGACAAGCCGCCGACGGGCCUCUUCCCGUGGAGCGAGGGCCUCAAGACCUUCUUUUCCGGCCGCGAGUACCCCGGCGGCUGGGCCGGCCUCGAUCGCCACAUGUACGACCGCAACGUGCUCAUGAUGGAGUACGCCGACGUUCCCGUGCGCGUGCGCGAGUGGAUUGAGGAGGAGGAGCGGCGCGCCGACGGCGACGGCGACGGCGGCAGCGGCAAGGGUCUGUUUGCCGUGUUUGAGAAGCCUGCUGGCGAGGAGGACAAGAUUACGGAGCGCGUUGCUGUUCCCGACGAGGCUGGGGACGUGGAGCGCGAGCUCGAUGGUGAGAGGGUUGUUAUUUUCGCGCCUGGGGCGCUGUAUCCUGUUCUUCCUCUAUUUGUUGCCGACGGGAGCGACUGUGAAGAAACGCUCGCCGACCUGAGCAGCUACGAGGCCGUGCCCAGGGAUGCUGCCGUCGUGGCGUGGCCCGUCAGCCAUACCCGUCCCGAUACGGCCAAUAACAAGAGGAACAUUGAGUUCACCGUCAAGGCUCAGGUUCUCAAGGUCAGGCAGGACGGGUCAGAGGCCGAGGAGGAGGCGGAUGCUGAUGUUGAGGAGUCAAAGGUGGCUGAGGAGAAGAAGGCGACAUCGUCUGAGGCGGCCAAGGAUGAGUUGUAA